AUGUUUUUUGUCAAGUUUUCAAAUUUUAUUGUUCUGUUCAUUCUUUUUGCUGUGUUUCAAGAACCAGCUUUAGCCAUCAAAAAGUCUUAUAUUGUGUACUUGGGAGGACAUUCACAUGGCAUAGAAGUAACUUCCGAUCAACUCAAUAAGGUUGCAGAUUCUCACCACGAAUUACUUGGUACAGUCUUAGGAAGUAAAGAGAAGGUGGAGGAUGCGAUAUUUUACUCGUAUAAUAAACAUAUCAAUGGUUUUGCUGCAAUGCUAGAAGAGGAGGAGGCCGCAGAGAUUGCAAACCAUCCAGAUGUAGUAUCAAUUUUCCCCAAUCAAGGAAGAAAUCUGCACACAACCCAUUCAUGGGAUUUUCUUAUGCUGGAAAGGAAUGGUGUGAUUCAUCCCUCUUCCUUGUGGAAGAAAGCCAGAUUCGGCGAAGACACCAUCAUUGCGAAUUUUGAUACUGGUGCUUGGCCUGAAUCAAAGAGCUUUAUUGACAAUGAGUUAGGCCCCAUUCCAUCAAAGUGGAAAGGAAUCUGUCAGCACGACGAUGGAUUCACUUGCAAUAGGAAACUAAUUGGAGCUAGGUACUUCAAUAAAGGUUAUGCCGCCUAUGGCGGCAAUAUUACUUCUCAAGCCAGUACGGCACGAGACUAUGAAGGUCAUGGCUCCCACACACUAUCCACUGCAGGUGGAAAUUUUGUCCCUGGAGCAAGUGUAUUCGGUGUGGGAAAUGGAACGGCCAAAGGAGGUUCACCAAAAGCCCGAGUAGCUGCAUACAGAGUGUGCUUUCCUCCAAUCAACGGCUCAGAAUGCUUUGAUUCUGAUAUCAUGAAAGCAUUUGAUUCCGCAAUAGAUGAUGGUGUUGAUGUGAUUUCAAUGUCUCUGGGUGGUGAUCCUUCUGAUUACUUUGAUGAUGGCAUAGCAAUUGGAUCGUUCCAUGCUAUUAGGAACGGUGUAGUAGUGGUAGCUUCUGCUGGAAAUUCAGGACCAACACCUGGAUCCGUUUCAAAUACCGCGCCAUGGCUUUUGACAGUAGGAGCAAGCACCAUCGAUCGGGAAUUUCAAGCAGAUGUUAAACUGCAAAAUGGACAGUACCUAAAGGGGAUGAGCCUUUCUAAACCAUUGCCAAAAGAUACAUUUUAUCCACUUAUUAGUGCCGCAGACGCUAAAGCUGCCCAUGCAAUGGCCGAGGACGCGAUACUCUGCAAGGCAGGAACACUAGACUCCAAGAAGGUGAAGGGUAAGAUUUUGGUAUGUCUUAGGGGGGAAAAUCCCAGAAUGGACAAGGGUGAGCAGGCUAAACUUGCGGGUGCUGCUGGGAUGAUUCUCUGCAACGACGAGACAACUGGCAAUGAAAUCAUCGCAGAUCCUCACAUACUUCCAGCCACUCAAAUAAAUUAUACAGAUGGUGUUGCUCUCUUUUCCUACGUCAACAAAAGCAAGAAUCCAUUAGGAUUGCUUACGCCUCCUAUGGCAGCAGUGAACGUUAAGCCUGCUCCGUUUAUGGCUUCUUUCUCUUCCAGGGGACCAAAUACUGUUAGUCCUGAAAUUCUCAAGCCUGAUAUUACUGCUCCUGGAGUAAAUAUCAUCGCUGCCUACUCUGAAGGAACAAGCCCUACAGAGAAUCUGUUUGAUACCCGUACGACUCCCUUUAUUACAGAAUCCGGGACCUCUAUGUCCUGCCCUCAUGUUUCUGGCGUAGUAGGAUUACUAAAGACCCUAUACCCCAAAUGGAGUCCAGCAGCAAUCAAAUCUGCCAUUAUGACAACUGCAAGAACAAGAGACAACACGGAGAAUCCAAUGACGGACGCAGGUGAAGAAAAAGCAACACCGUUCGCAUAUGGUUCUGGACAUAUUCGACCAAACCGUGCCAUGAAUCCGGGAUUAGUCUACGACUUGAGCGUGAACGAUUACUUAGACUUCCUUUGUGGCAUUGGUUACAACAAGACACAGCUUAGCAGUUUCACAGGAUCAAAUAAGCCUUAUGAUUGUCCAGAGAAGUAUAGUACACUGAACUUCAACUACCCUUCUAUAACAGUACCAAAUCUCUCUGGAUCAGUCACGGUGCACAGAAAACUGAAAAAUGUUGGCACACCGGGCAUUUAUGCAGUCCGUAUCCGUCAACCGGCAGGAUUUUCAGUGUCUGUAGAACCCAAUAUCUUGAAGUUUGAUAAGAUUGGUGAAGAAAAGAGCUUCAAGCUGAAGAUAAAAUCCAAGAAAUCUGGAAAUGAUGGUGAAUACUUGUUUGGGGAAUUAUUAUGGUCAGAUGGCAAGCAUUACGUGAGGAGUCCAAUAGCAGUCUCUUGA